AUGGGCGUGCUCGCUGAGCCUGGAAAUGGAUUUGAAAGUGGGAAGCAAGUCGAAGAUGGCUCGAUUGAGGGGCCUUUGGAAGAGAUAGACCCUGUCGCGGAAGCCAAAUUAGUGAGGAAGCUGGACGUUCACAUCAUCCCAGUUGUGAUGCUUCUGUACCUUUUCUCUUUCUUGGAUCGAGUAAACAUUGGAAAUGCCCGCCUUUAUGGCCUCGAAGAAGAUCUAGGUCUUAACUCUACACAAUGGCAGACGGCCAUUUCCAUCCUCUUCGUAACGUACAUUUUGUCCGAAGUCCCAUCGAACUUGGUCCUGAAGAAAUUGACUCCGUCCCGCUGGAUCGCGUUCAUCACCGUCUCAUGGGCCAUCGUCGCAACCUUGACCGGAGUUGUGCAGAACUUCGCAGGUCUCAUUGUAUGUCGCCUCUUCCUAGGUGCUGUAGAGGGCGGCCUGUUUCCAGGACUGGCCGUCUACCUUACCUUCUUUUACACGAAGCGCGAACUGGCUCUACGAAUCGGAUACUUAUUCGUGUCAGCCGCACUUGCUGGUGCAUGCGGUGGUCUCCUCGCUUUCGCUAUUGGACACAUGGACGGCGUUGCUGGCGAGCGGGGAUGGCGCUGGAUUCUGAUCAUCGAGGGCCUGCCCACCUUCGUGCUCGGGAUUGCGACAUGGUGGAUCCUGCCAGAUGAGCCUGCAACUACGUACUUUCUCAAUGAUCAAGAGAAGAAACUCGCUGUUGCACGCCUGAAGCGCCAAACGGGGUAUACCAUCAGCGCACAAGAGUUCCACUGGCAGGAUGUACGGAACGGUGCUAAAGACUGGAAGAUCUGGGCCUUCUCCUUCGCCCAAUUCGGCUGCGACACCAUGCUUUAUGGCUUCUCAACCUUCUUGCCUACAAUCAUCAAAGGCAUCCAACCGCACGCUUCGACUGCUCUAGUUCAGGUGUACACCAUCCCUUGCUACGCAGUUGGUGCCAUUACCUACCUAAUUGUCGCACGACUGUCGGACUACCAGCAAAAACGUGGUGUCUACGCCGUCGCAUUAGGUGUCGUAGCUAUCGUCGGGUACGCGAUGCUGAUGAGCAAUUCCAGCGCGGCAGUGCACUACGCAGGAUGCUUUCUGGUAGCCAUGGGUCUCUACGUCAACGUUGGUCUGCCAUUGGCGUGGCUGCCGACCAACAACCCGCGCUACGGGAAGAGGACAAUAGCUACGGGUCUGCAGUUGAGUCUGGGUAACUGUGCUGGUAUCAUGUCUUCGUUCUUAUACCCCGCCAAGGAAGGCCCGCGCUUCAUCCGUGGUCACGCCGUGACGCUGGCGAUGGUGGCGUUCGCAAGCGCUGUGUAUGCGUUCAUGUGGUUCUACUACUCGCGCGUGAAUGUGCGGAGAGCAAGAGGAGACGAGGAUCAUAAGAUUCAGGGCAUGUCAGAUCAGGAGAUCAAAGAGCUCGGGGAUGAUAGCCCGCGGUUUGUUUACACCAUUUGA